AUGUCACCAAUAUCUCUUAUCUGUCUAGUUAGAGGGCAACCCGUCACGUGCGCCUUCGUUGUCGACAUUGAUGGCAAUAAGUAUAUAAGCCAUCUUAAAGAUGCUAUCAAAAAGAAAAAAUCACCUGAAUAUAAACAUAUCGCAGCAGACAAGCUUAGGUUAUGGAAGAUCGAAAUUUCCGAUUCCCACGAUGAAGAAAUAGCCAAUUAUUCUCUUAAUAGUCAAGAUGAACUUUACGCUACUAAAACUGUAUCUUCUAAGAAUUCUAAGAAGCGUAAAGAGUCGACAUCGCAAAAAACAGCAUCUAAUAAAAAACAGAAUAAAGUGGCAUCACCGAAAGAAGUGGCACAACCGAAAACCACAUCUAAUACGAAACAGAAUGAAAAAUCAACAACUGCAUCCAAUAAGAAACGAAAAGAAGUGUCGCCACCGGAAACCGAGCCUAAUAGUAAACGUGAAAAAUUGACUUCGCCAGUUACACCUGCUAAGAAUAAUAAUAAACAAGGAGUUACCGAAACGCAAACCGGCACACCUCAGGAUGCUCGUUUGCGUAGACUUGACAGUAUUUUGAGUGAUUUAUUAGCUGACGUAAUGGAGGAUGUUAGGAUGAACGAAGAUACGUUUACCGUCGUACCUGAAUCUCUUAAUGAACUAUGCCAACAAAUGGAAAAUCCAGAAAAUCGCACCAAUCUUUAUUACUUCAAGCUUGGUAAAGCACUUCAAAAUCGACUUGAAGAUCUUAUUGAGAAAAAACAUAAGAAUGCUCGAGAGCUGCUUAACACUGAAGUUAGCGGUCAUUUUACUGCCGGUAUUGAUUUCAAGAAGGAAAUAUCAAAGGCUCAAAAGGUAUACGAAAUUUUCAACGAUAUAGGUGAAGACAGGAUUCACCGAGUUCGAGCCACUCCGACUACGAUUUCGUCACUUACAAAAGAUGAUCUGUUUCAUAAACUUUGGGCAACAGUUAAACAGUUACCGACGUCGACUAUCCCAGAAUUUAAUGAGAACAAAU